UUGUUCACAAAGUGGGCUGAGUCAUUUUUGUUGCACCUUUCCAGGAUUUCUUCCCAUCUGUUUUUGCUCUUUUCAAUUUUCUCCUCCAGUCUGCUUGACUUAACCCUUUGCAUGAACAGCUAAUUAGUGACCUAACCCGUUCAAGCAGAAUCUACCAUGGAGGAACCAGCAGUAAAAAGGAUGCAUGACAGCUUCCAAUUCGCAGAAGCAGUGAUACUACCUGAUGCGAAAAUCAUAAUGACGCAUGUUCAAGCCAAUCUACACAAUCAGAUGUGCACAGAUCUUACUGAAUUCCUUAAGACCAACAUUAAAGAUUUGGAGAUGGAAAAGAGGGAGUUAGUAGGUGUAUUCGGUAAAACAGGAUCUGGAAAGACCUCAUUGAUAAAUGCUGUCAUUGGUAUACAGAAACUUUUGCCAUCUGGCGAUGUUGAUGCAUGUACCUCAGUCAUGAUUAAAGUGGAGUCAAAUAUGCACAACUCAAACUAUGAAGCAGAAAUAGAGUUUAUCACCAAAGAGGAUUGGGAAGAUGAGUUGUUUACAGUAGAUCACUUUCUUGAAAAUGAUGGAGAGCAGGAGAGGGAUGAUGAAGAUGAUGAUGAUGAUGAUGAUGAUAAUGAUAGCCGCCAUGACCUUUUUGAGAAGAUCUCAGCAGUGUAUGGAGAAGAAUGGAAACAAAUAUCAUCACAACUCAUGGAUAUCAACAACUUCAGUGAAAUUCCAGAGUUUCUUCAGUCCACAAAGAAGAUUUUAACUUUUGAAUCUGCUGAAGAGUUAUCAGAAAAUAUUGCUAAGUACACAAGACAAGGAGAAGAAAGAGACAAACAAAGGUACUAUUGGCCACUUGUGAAGUGUGUGACUGUCAAAGUGCCAAGAAAUGAUUUUCUCCAGCAUGUAACUCUGGUGGACCUUCCUGGAAAUGGAGAUCGAAACAAGAGCAGGGACACGAUGUGGAAACAGAUUAUUGGAAAGUGUUCUGUGUUGUGGAUUGUGUCUGAAAUUAACCGGGCAGCAGCUGAUAAAGAAUCCUGGGAGAUCCUGAAAAGCCUUGGAAAUGAUGGCGAGACUCGACACAUUCACUUUAUCUGCACAAAGUCUGAUGUAGUUGGAGGUUCUAAUGAUGAUUCGGAGGCUAAUCUUCAGACCACAAUUCUUAAGAGAAACAUGGAGGCCAAGAAAGCAGUGCAAAAUCAAUUAAACAAGAUACCAUCCACUAAGAGAUAUUGCAGAGAUGAGUGUAUUGAAGUGUUUACAGUGAGCGCUGCAGAGUUUCUGAAAAGUAAACACCUUAAUCCAGAUGACACUGAAAUCCCAAAGCUUCAAGAUUUUCUAAAAAGUUUGAAUAAUCGUCCCUCAGAGACAUUCAGCUUUAUUUCCAGAGCUCAAAGGAUUCUGGUUUUGAUUCAAGGAGCCAGUCUGACAAAAGUGGCUGGUGUUAAUAAUGUGAGUAAGGACCUUGAGACAAACCUAAACCAUCAACUUAAUGCAAUCAAAAAGGAAAUGAAAGAGAUCCACACAGCAUUUGGAAAAUGUGUUGAUCAAGGAUUUGAAAUAUACCAAAAUUCAUUUGAAAGAAUCCUGAAGUCCUUUUUAUGUACUGCAGGGAAGAGUGCCACAGCCCAAUGCAACACACUAAUGAGUGUCUUGAAAGAUGGUGGCAUCUACAAAACAAAAAAUGGGAAAGAAAUAAAUCUCAUCUUAAAAUUAUCUUUAAAAUUGAGAACGAGUAUUGAUGAAGAAUUCAGAAAAAACGUCCACAAUGAUGGCAUUUGCAGUCGAUUACAUGGAGUGAUCAACAAGUUUUCACUUGAAACCGAAAAACUAAAAGAGAAGUACAAAGAUUCAGAACUGCUGCUGAUAUUUCUUGAAACAGAGGAGGAAAAGCUCAGGACAAAAACUAGUAAAAUGACUCAGGAGGGCAAAAGAUUAAUGUACAAAGUUUUAACAAAGACAGUUGAGGAAAUUAUGCAAGACUCCUACAGAGAAGCAGCACGGUUUCGAGGAAAGAACACACUGCCGAACAUAAUGAAAACAUUACAGAGACGUAUGCACAUUGACAAAAACCCCGUGUUUGCAAAAGCCAAAGAUGUCAUGAUGGAACAGCUCAACAAAUUGAUGGAUGAUAUCGUGGGUCUUUUGGAAAAAAACAUGAUGGAGUCCAUUGGGCUGUCAAUCCAUUAUCCAUUUCCAGAUGUGUCAACAGAGAUUUCGAUGUUAAAGAAACUCCAUAAUGAGCUGCAAAGCAGCAUUGAUGCGUCGACCUCAGCAGAACCUUCCAGUAACUCAAUGCUAGUGCCUGGACGAACAAACUUUGGUUUUAGCCAAUUAUGGUAACAAAUGAAAUGUUUGGGAACAUGCAAACUGUGCAAGAACAUGGCAAGGUUGACUCGCCUUAGGAUUAUUACAGUUGUUUCCAUUACUCUAACACAGUCAGUGCCUUUGUUGGCAUUACAUACCCAGACAUAAAUCAUUGAAAAACAUGAACAGCUCUUUGUGAAGACUUGAUCAACUUAGAAACUCCUCAUGGAUCAGGCUAUUCAUUUUGUUUUUUUUUAACUUGUUUUAAGACUGAUUUUUGUUUUUUACAGCAGGAUUAACAGAAAUUUCAAGCAAGCUUCCAUUGACCAAUGCUGAUUUGUAUUCAAAACUGUCCUUUGAAAUCAACUUUUUCAAAGAAAGUUAAAAAUAGGAAUGCAAUUCAGUCUUUGAAAACUGCAUCAUUUAAGGUCUGCAGAAGGGUAUUAUUUAGUAGAAAUGAUCACAGAUAUGAUAAAUGUAGAUUAGCAGCCUCUAAAGACUUUUUAUAUUGUUUUACAUUCAUGUUAAAUUUUCUGAUUAUAUAUGUUUUAAAACUGUUUUAAAAUGUAAAUAUCCGUUCAAUGUUAAGUGAUAAAAUGUGCAUGUUACUUGCUACCACAGCAUUUUUUUCAUACCUUGAUUUCAGACUUUAAAGAGCUUUAGUGUUUUUUAUUUGCAAAAUUCAAUAAUCUUUUUAGUAUAUAGAUUAUAUAGUACAUAGUUUAAUGUAUAUUAGAAUAUAUGGUCUGUUUUACGGUUCUUGUUUUCUGUUUAUUUUCUCUAGUUACUGUUAUCACUCUGAUGUAAUCUAAAAUUUAUUUGAGAAGAAAAUAAAAAGAAAUGUUAAUUUUAUUUCCUAAA